AUGGUUUCUAUUUGGAUGCUCUCAGCUAUGAGCCCUUUGUACAUUGGUGACCUGAUUGAUGAGGAGGAGGCCAAUCGGCGCCUGCGAAUCGCCCACGAAAACAAUAUCACGAAUUAUUACAUGAUGCAAAUGGACUCUCAACGUAUUAUCGACGCUGGGCCGAAGGGCAACCUCAGUCGCUUCAUGAACCACUCCUGUGAUCCGAAUCUCUUCACUCAGAAGUGGACUGUCAAUGGUGACACGCGAGUUGGCCUCUUUGCUGUUCGGUAA